AUGGCGCUGCUCUUCGUGCUGCCGAUGAUGGGCUCAGCUCAAUUCGCUGCAGUGAACUCUUUCGAAGGCAUCUCCCAGGCUGGGGUGCCCUUUGGCAGUAAGGAGGUGCCCAUCUCCCAGGCGAACGGAUGUGACCCACGCUUGCUGGAGGAAGCAGGCGCCCUGGGCAAGUACCAUCUCCCCUUUUCGGAUUCGACCUUGGGAGAUGGCUACUGGUAUCCGGAGAUCUGCCCUAACCUCACCUAUCACGAUGGCAAGGGGAAGAACAACUCCGGCUACUUUGCCCGGCAGACCAAUGCCUGCACUUGGGCGGAUGGCAAGAGCAACAUGCAAUAUGCGCGGUUGCAGAACUGGUGUACCGGUGUGGUUCGCGCCUUUCACUGGCACGACGAUGCGGACGAGUGGGGCUGGGUGGAGAAGGGAAACUUCACCACCUGGCUGACCAGCCCCACAGGGAUGCCCUGGGAAGUGUCGGUGGCUGAUGUGACCUACGGGGGCGUGUGGUACUUCCCCCGAAACUGGGCGCACACCAUGGUCUGCAACACGCCCGAGGCCGAAGGCGGCUGCUCUGUGGUACUGGUCUUCUCCAGUGCGCUGGCGGGUACCACGGGCGCCCACAACUUGGACAAGACCUUGGGGCAGGCCUCGGAAAAUGCCACGGGCCAAGACACCGACGAGGUGCCUGCGCAGGCGCUGGGGGUAAGCGUGGACGACUACCGGACCGCUUGGCUGCCUCACUUCCGGAACGCUACGGAGGACUUCAGCGCUGAGCCCUCAUACUUCAACUCCCCCCAGGUGGCACCGAUGCCAGAGGGCUACGAGGCCUGGAGCGAGACCCUGCAGAGCAUCCCCCGCACCAGGGUGCUGCCAGCCGCGGUGGAGCAUCAGGUGGAAGACCUGGUGACCUUGGAGAGGGGCGUGAAGCUCUACCAGAUCCGCACGCAGCAGUUCCCCUUCGCCACCACCAUGUCCCAGGAGCGGGCGGUCAUACCCGCGGGAGGCUUCCGAAGACUGCUCUGGCUCAGCAACGCCGACGGGCUUAUGUUCGUGACCAAGGGCAGCGUGCGUGUGCAGCUGCAAGGCGGCUACGCCGGGGUGGACUACCCGCUGAAGGCGAACAGCAAGACGCAUUACACGCAGGAUCUGCAGACCUGGGAUCUCUUCUACUUCCCGGUGGGCCGCGCCUAUUGGAUCCAGAACCUGGACACAUCCAACGAAUCGGAAGUGAUCACGGUCUUCAACGUGGGCAGCUGGCACAGCAUUGAGCUCCGAGAGCAGCUCGUGCCCCACAUCCCGGAGUUCAUGUUGAAAGGGAGCUUGAGCCACGUUGAGGCGAACAUGAACAAGUUCGACAAGACCUUGUGCCAGUUCAACUCGAACUGUGCCAAUGUGACAGGCAAGGCUCCCAAUGACGUGUGCUGUCCCGGGGGUGAAGGCAACCAUAAAUGCUGCGAGCCGCUUCCCCCAGUUUACCGCAAGGGCGCCAAGCUCAAUGGCGUGCAGGUGAAAAGCCAGCUGCGCGGCACGAAGUCUCAUGACUUCGAUGAGGUGCAAUACAUGCAGCUACCAGUCCAGAGCUCAGAGAGCGCAGAGGCUGCAGAGGGCGCGCACUUGGUGGGGCUCUGCGGCUUGGGCCUGGGCAACGGGGGGCUGCUGGCCUACCACGACGGGAGCCUCGAAGCGCUGGCGGCUCGGCUGGAGACGGCGUUAAGCCGGGUUGGGCUGGAGCUGAAGGGGGAGGCCUGCGUUCAGCUUCGGCCCGUGGAGGGGAAGACCCGGCGCGGGGCCUGGCGCAUGGGAAUGCGUCAAGAGUUGGACUGCAUGAUGACGGUGCACGACAUAAGAUACAGACUUACCGAUGGACUGAAGCUGAGGGCCGGAUGGGAGGCAAGGGAUUCAAGUCUAUGCAAAUGCCUGCGGAGAGCGGCGUCUGAACUGCCGGAUGACAUCGUCCAAGAGCUUUGGAGCAAAGCCCUUAUCCCUCAGCACCCUCUGACAUUGCUCACGUCGCUUUUCAAACUCAUCGGCAACAUCACGCUGAACUUCAUCACUCGGUUGCCCAGCUUCGAUGACGAUCACAUCAGAAUUAACUCUGUGGCGGUAGAGUUCUUCUCGAACUCCUGGUACAGGUGGGAGCUGACGGAGCCGGACGGGAACUGCACCAAACUGCCGCGGGGCCUGGGGCCCUUUUGCUCGCCCCUGGCGGCGGCCGCUGAGCUGCUCUCCGGCGGCCAGGUCUUAGCCUUUACGGGCGCAGGGAUCUCCAAGGAGAGCGGCGUGCCCACCUACCGAGAUGGGGAUGGGCUUUGGACGCGCUACGAUGCCAUGGAGGUCUCCAGCCUGGCGGGUCUGGCGGGCGAACCGGCCAAGGUUUGGGCCUUCGAGCGCGAGUUCAACGAGAUCCUGAGCCGCUGCAGGGGCUCGGGGCACCAAGAGCUUGCCGUUGCUGGGCAAGCCUUCCUCGUGCCCUCCAUCUCUUGGCACCGCAUCUCCUGCGUGAAGGCUGGUAGCGGUGCAGCAGCAAUGACCUGCAAGGAGAUGUUCGGCACGUUUGCGGCUCGGAGCGUUCCGAUUUGGCGGCGAUUUGCAACGAAGGUGACUUUGGGGCGACGCCAAGUUCGGGACGACAGCCAGGCGAGUGCAGCAGCUCUGAUGCCAACUUCGGGGACAGCUUUGUCCAGGAGCAGAGAGUCGACGCGCAGGGCGGCCAGGCCCGCGAACAAUGCGGCGGCUCGGGGCGGCGGCCAGGUCUGCGCCUAG